GGAUUAUGAAAGCCAGCUCCGGGUCCUCGAUCAGCAGAACAAAAAGCGGCUUCUCAUGGCGAGGCAAGAGCGAGAGCAAGAGAAGCAGUCGCGGUUCACCAAGGCCACAUCGGACAACGCAAAACAGUAUGCGGAGCCGUUCUGCCGUUUCUUGAGUGAGAAUCCCACCGUGUUCCAUGCUGUCGCUGCCAUGAAACAAAGGCUCAGGGAUGCUGGAUUCACGGAGCUGUCCGAGCGCGACUCGUGGAGCAUCAAGCGAUCUGGAAGCUACUUUGUCGAACGCAAUGGAUCCGCUUUGAUUGCUUUCUCUGUCGGUGCCAAGUACGAAUCUGGUAACGGAGCUGCUGUCGUUGCCGGCCACAUCGAUGCGCUCACUGCCAAGCUGAAGCCUGUUUCCAAAGUGCCCAACAAGGCGGGAUACCUCCAGCUCGGCGUGGCACCCUAUGCUGGUGGGAUGAACUCUACCUGGUGGGAUCGGGAUCUCGGUAUCGCAGGUCGUGUGCAUCUCAAGAAAGAUGGCAAGAUUGUGACUAAGCUGGUCAACCUGGACUACCCCAUUGCGAGAGUGCCCACGCUUGCACCUCACUUCGGUGCCGCUGCACAGGGGCCUUUCAAUCCGGAAACGCAGAUGGUACCAAUCUUGGGACUUGAGUCCUGCGACCCUAUGAGCACUGCUUCUGCGGCCGAAUCAUUCAGCAAGCCGUCGCUGUUGGGAGACACCGCAGGCACCUUUGCGAAAACGCAGCCCCCGGCUUUAGACAGGCUUGCAAUCGGCGAGAUCGUGAACUGGGAGCUCGAACUUUACGACGUACAGCCAGCGACCCGCGGUGGGCUUCACAAAGAGUUGAUCUACGGCGGCCGCAUCGAUGAUAAGCUCUGCUCCUGGGCAGCCCUGGAAGCUCUGGUCGAAGCUCAGAGAUCCGACGCCGACAGCUCCAUCCUGAAAGUCGUCGGCCUGUUUGACGACGAAGAGAUCGGCUCGCUUCUCCGCCAAGGUGCUCGCGGCAACUUCUUGCCAUCUGUCCUUGAACGUGCCGCUGGCUCCCUCGCAGACCACAAACCGGCUUCUGACUUGAUGGGUCGCACGUACGCCAAGUCCUUCCUCGUCUCCUCCGAUGUCACCCACGCGGUCAACCCGAACUUCUUGUCAGCGUACUUGGAGAACCAUGCGCCGCAUUUGAAUGUCGGUGUUGCUAUCGCGGCUGAUCCGAACGGCCAUAUGACUACCGACUCGGUGUCGACCACCAUCUUUCAGCGAUGUGCUGAGAAGGCUGGUGCGAAGUUGCAGGUGUUCCAGAUUCGGAACGACAGUCGUUCGGGCGGUACUAUUGGGCCGAUGACUUCGAGCGCCACUGGUAUGAGGUCGAUCGAUGCGGGUUUGCCGCAGUUGAGUAUGCACUCGAUCCGUGCGACCACUGGAGCUUUGGAUCCGGGUCUUGGAGUCAUCACUUUCAAGGCUUUUUUGAAUGGAUUUGAGGAGGUGGAUAAGGAGUUCAAGUAG